GUAUUUAGCUCAUUUUGGACAAGGAUCAGGACCAAUCUGGAUGGAUGAUGUGAGCUGUAGUGGAUCAGAGUCGACACUGAAGGACUGUAGAUCAAACGGGUGGGGGAAAGUAACUGUGGACAUGGUGAAGAUGCUGGAGUCACCUGCUCAGGUCACAGAAUGCCGAGACUCAGUGCUGGUCCUUACCAGUGCUCUGGGAGAGUGGAGGUGUUUCAUGGAGGUUCCUGGUCCACAGUGUGUGAUGCUGACUUUGACCAGCAGGAUGCAGAGGUUGUGUGUCGAGAGCUGGACUGUGGGAUUCCUGUGAAGGUUCUGGGAUCAGCUGCUUUUGGACGAGGGGAGGGUCUGGUGUGGACAGAGGAGCUUCAGUGUAGAGGAAAGGAAUCUGACAUUAGCUUCUGUCCAAUAUCAUCUUCACUCAAACACUCAACCUGUUCCCAUGACAACGAUGUGGGAUUAAUAUGUUCUGGUUACACAGAGGCGCGGCUGGUGAACGGACCGGACUCCUGUUCUGGUCGAGUGGAGCUCCUGUACCUCGGUGUGUGGGGCACAGUUUGUGCUGUAAGCUGGGAUAUGAGAGCUGUAGAUGUUCUGUGUGCACAGCUGGAUUGUGGGAGUGCUGUGGCUGUGGUGGAGGUGGACUGGUUUGGGGAGGGGAGUAACCACAUCUGGGCUGAUGUGUUUGAUUGUCAGGGGAAGGAGACACACCUAUCACAAUGUGGCAUCUCAUCAUGGAGUCGAGCUGCAUGCUCUCAUAAACAUGAUGCUGGAGUCAUCUGUAAUGGAUCCUCUGUGUCGCUUCAUGAGGGGCGAGUGCGGUUGUCUGGAGGGAGCGAGUGUCAGGGGGAGGUGGAGGUUUAUUUCAGGCAGGACUGGAGGAGAGUUCUCCUGGACUCGUGGAGUCAGUCUGAGGCGUCUGUGCUCUACAGACAGCUGGGCUGUGGCUCUGUGCUGAACUACCACUCCUCUCCAACCACUACUGAACACAAACACAUGUGUGUAACAGGUUUCAGCUGCUCUGGGAGUGAAGAACAUCUGAGGAACUGCAGCAGUGCAUAAGCUGAACAUGUCAACUGCAGCUCCGGGGAACAGCUCUACAUCACCUGCGCAGGUAUCUUUAACCCCACCAACAGCUCCAUCAGGCUGGUUGGUUCUGGGGGAGACUGUGCAGGAAGGCUGGAGGUUUUCCACAGCGGCUCGUGGGGGACUGUGUGUGAUGACUCGUGGGGUAUUGAGGAUGUUCAGGUGGUGUGCAGACAGCUGCAGUGUGGAGAGGCCCUCAGUAACCACAUACCAGCCUGGUUUGGUCCUGGAACUGGGUCCAUAUGGCUGAAAGAGGUGGAGUGUAUGGGGAACGAGACGUCCCUGUGGAA